CACCCAGAAAGCCAAUGAAGCUGUGAGGCAGUACCUGGAUCGAUUCAACAAGGAAAUGAUCUCUGUCAAGAACCUGGAUGUUCCCACAGCUAUCGAAGCAUUCAGGAGAGGACUAACCUAUAAAUCUAGAUUGUAUUAUGAAUUGACCAGGUACCCAUGUGGCACAUUCGAAGAGGUCAGGGCCAGAGCUAUGGCUGAGAUACGUGUCGAGGAGGACGAGGCGUCCAGGUACGUGAGCGAGCCUAGCUACGAUCGGAAAUCCCAGAACCAGAAGAAGACUGAUUGGCGCCAUCAGCCAUAUCAGAAGCGCGAAAGUAAUAACGUAGCCAGCAAGGCCACAGGAUAUACAUCCGUCCCAGCUAGAAGUUACCAGGUAGCAGCUACAGCAAGCAGGAACGAAGGGAGUUGAAUAAAUUCGAUUCAAAGAGCAUUGGAUACUGAUCAAGACCAAGUCAAGUAAUGCUGUUGCGCCUACAAAAUAGGGUUGACAGAGUCAUUAAGCAGAAGUGGAGAUACUCCUUGAUAUUAGGAGAUCAUGGCAUCAUAUUAGGAGAUUAGUUAUGCAACGUAAACAUGUAAAGCAACGUUACAAUAAAUGUAUGGAUAUAAAUAGGAGUAGAAGUAUUG